ACGAAAUUUUUUUUUUUCAACUUCAGUAUUUUUUCUGUCAGUAGUAGUAGAUGAAAACGUAAAUUUAUUCGUCGAACAAAUUAACUAAAUUAUUCAUAAUUAUAAAUGGAAAACAAUGUGACGGUAUAUCGCUCAUAAAAUCUGGUGUUUUGUGCCUUUUGUGUUACGUGUUGGUGUUACGUAGUUAUCUAUCUUUCAUCACAAUCACAACUUUUUAAUCAGGGAGUACCAAAUCUACUCACUCCCCGGGCAGAAGAAGCUACAUUCGCAAUUUCAAUUCUCAAAUUCUCGAGCAAUGUUAUUAUCGUAUUAAAUUCGUACUGAAAUGAGUGUUUGAACCGUUCUGUCGUCGUUCUCAUAUUGUUGUUUUAAUUUAUUUUAAUCUUGUGCGAGUUUACGUGAUUCGUGUAUAUAUUUGUAAUAUUGGUCAAUGUGUGUUAUUUUAUUUUAAAUCAUUUGCAUAUAAUCAAAUCAUGGCUAAAACGUACGAUUAUCUGUUUAAAUUAUUAUUAAUCGGCGACUCCGGUGUCGGUAAAACCAGUGUUUUAUUUCGAUUCUCCGAAGAUGCUUUCAAUACAACUUUUAUAUCCACUAUAGGAAUCGAUUUCAAAAUCAGAACAAUUGAAAUGGAUGGCAAGAGAAUAAAAUUACAAAUCUGGGAUACCGCCGGUCAAGAACGAUUCCGAACCAUUACAACGGCAUAUUACCGCGGAGCGAUGGGUAUAAUCCUGGUAUAUGAUGUCACCGAUACUAAAACAUUCGAAAAUAUUAAAAACUGGAUUAGAAAUAUUGAAGAAAACGCUUCGGCCGAUGUUGAAAAAAUAUUAUUAGGAAACAAAUGUGAAGUAGAAGAAAAAAGACAAGUAUCGAAAGAGAAAGGAGAAUGUUUAGCGGUCGAACACGGUAUUAAAUUUUUAGAAACUAGUGCUAAAACCGGGACCAACGUAGAAGAAGCAUUUUUAACACUUGCCAGAGAUAUUAAAACGAAAACCGAGAAGAAAUUGGAGGCGUCAAAUCCACCAAAAGGAAGCAUCCAGUUGAAACAAACCGAACCGAACAGAAAACCAACGUCGUGGUUCUCAAAAUGUUCUAUUCUCUGACAAUUUUAUUACCAAACCAGUUUUACAAUUAUGGAAGUAAAUCUCUAUUACAUGUGUAAGAUGCAAUAGCUCUAUUCGUUCGUAUAAGAGAAUUUUUUUAUAAAUUAAAUUUUGUAUCCGGUUUCGAAAGCAGUACCGAAUUUAUGUUCGUAGAGGGAAAAAAAUCAGUAUUACUGAAUAUUGGUGGUGAUCAAAGAUGCCAACUUCCAUAUGAUUUUUUUUUGUUGUUGUUAAUUUUGAAAACUCGAAAUCGGUACUGGCGACAUACGUCGUCGUCUUUAUCUAAUAUCCUUCCAUGAUACGACGGAAAUACUCCCCUUAUCGGUUGAUUUUCAUUUCCUAUUCUUGUUUAGCUAUAGUGAAAUGGAAACGAGGAGAUAAAUGAGUGUUCAUUGCUUGAAAAAAAAAAGAAAAAAAUUAUUCCGGUGUUUUAUGAAUUUUCUGUUUUCUCUCUCGAAAUACCCUAACGAAUACCCACAUGUGAAUGCAUUUUUUUUUUCUUAUAAGGAAUUACGCUGUAUAAAAAAAAGUUAACAAAAUUGUUGUAUUAGUUGUGAUUUUAUAAUUUUAUAUCGCAUAUGUACAGUGAAUUAUAAUGAUGAUAAUCUAAUGGUACACGUAUAAAUAUUAUUAUUAUGUUGUGUAUAAAGUAUAAAUUUUUGAACAAAAAUACGCUUUUUAUAUGAUAUGAUAAAGCUACCGUUUUACAUAUUAGACGACUACUUUUUGUUUCUCUCUCGAUAUAGUUUUCUCAUCUGGUACCUUACGUUGAACUGUGAUCGGUAUCUUCCACUUUUUCAUUAUGGCUUUUUACGAUAUUUCCGUCCUAGUCCAAUGUACACAAUUUUUGGGGGGAGGGGGUGCUGUUAUAUUGAAAAUUUCCUAAUGUAACAUUGCUUAGUUCGAGCUUUGAGCGCUUUUUAGAAUGUGUGGAGUUUCAAGUCUCGUUUUGCAACUCUGAACGAUAUUUAAAUUGGAUUAAUUCCUGGAUGAGAAUUAAUGAAGAAUAAAGUAUCAUAAAGAUGCUUCAAACCUAUUGGUAAUUUUGUUUUCACCGAAGCAUGAGAUUGAUCGCUAGACUUGGAGUUGCAUUAACCGAGCAAAUUAUUAAGAAAUGGGAUACUAAAUUAAGUACUCAUUUUUAUCAAACGUCAAAUUAUUUUUUACUCCGUUUUGUAUUAUUUAAAACGCUUGAAAAUAUAUUUUCGAAGUGUGCUGACUUUAAACCGAUGACGAUGCUUCGAUCAUUUUUACCAAACGAAAAAGAAAUCUCGAUAAAGCUGUGCUUUUUUUUGUAAUUUUUUAAUAAGCCUUGCCUAUAGGAAAUUAAGCUGCAUUCGAACGAAUCGUGUACCAAAGGGUGCUUUAAAAAAUGGUGGUAUAUUUUAAUAUAGCCAAACAUCACAAUUUCAUGGAUGCGCGUAGAGAUCAAUGCUUCUCGGAGAUUGUAUCGGGUUUUAAAAUUUUCAUCUAAGUCGUAAGCCAUUUUAUUAUGGAAAUAUUUGUAAGUUUUAUACAUAAUACGUUUGUAUUGGUCUUUUUUUUCUAUUAUCCUAUUUGUUUACUCUGUUUAUUUAUGUAUAUUAUAAGGACGAAAUUUUGAAAAUAAAUAUAUUGUAAUAUUUUAUCUGUUAUCGAUGUGUUUAUUUUAUUUUAUCGUCGACCAACUUAUAUAAGUUAUUGCUCAUUGCAUGAUGGUACUAUUUAUGUGUGAAACGAAUUUCUAUAAUGUUAAGAUAAUAUCAAAAAGAAGCAAGUCUAUAUGCGAUGGAGUUACUUAAUCAACCAAUAAAUGUGUAAUUGUUAAUCGUUUUAAAAUGACAAUUGUAGUUUAAGUUUUUUCUCAAUGUUGAAAUGACAUAUGACAUAUCAAUUUUAGAAAAAUAAAUUUUUUAUGCGAAAGAUGAA